GCCAAACACAAGUCCAGUCUAAAUAAUGGCACAACUAAACUUCCCCAAAGCUCACCCAGUCAUCCCACAGUUCAUGAACUGUUGACAUCUUUGUCUGUUGCCACUGCUGGGACCAUAAAUGCAUCACAUCCUGCACACUGGAAGAUUUUUUACUCGGAAACACUUACCAGACAGGACGGCACAAGUGUUGCUCUAGCUUUUCCAAGAUGAUGCGUGCAGUGUGUGUUGACGUACCGGGAGGACCAGAGAAUUUGCUGCUGCGAAAUGUCCCUAGACCUCAGCCUAAAGGUGGAGAAGUCCUGAUUAAAGUUCAUGCAACUGCACUCAACAGGGCGGACCUACUGCAGAGGAGAGGAUUGUACCCGCCUCCCCCAGGUGAGAGUGACAUCAUAGGCCUGGAGGUGGCUGGUACUGUGGAUGCUCUGGGUCCGGGGGUGAAAGGAGGCUGGAGGCCAGAUGACCGGGUCAUGGCCCUGCUCUCUGGAGGAGGAUAUGCAGAAUAUGUUUCUGUGCCGGAGGAGCUUCUCAUGCCGGUUCCCCCAAGUCUCACUCUCUGCCAGGCUGCUGCGAUCCCGGAGGCCUGGCUCACUGCUUUUCAGCUGCUGGUUUUCAUAGCUCAGGUGAAGGAGGGUGAGGUGGUUCUGGUUCACGCCGGAGCCAGCGGAGUGGGAACAGCUGCUGUUCAGCUGGUUCGUCUGUUUGGUGCCGUACCCGUGGUUACUGCAGGAAGCCCCGAAAAACUGAAGAUGGUUGAGAGUCUGGGAGCUGCAGCCGGGUUCAACUACAAAGAGGAGAGCUUCACGAAGGGAGUUCAUGACUUUACAGGAGGGAAGGGAGCAAACGUCAUCCUUGACUGCAUCGGCGGCUGUAACUGGGAGCAAAAUGUGAGCUCCUUAGCCACCGACGGCAGGUGGGUGCUGUACGGCACCAUGGGAGGCCGGGCGGUGGAGGGAGAUCUGCUGGGAAAGCUGCUCUCCAAGCGAGGCCACUUGCUCUGCAGCCUCCUCCGCUCUCGCAGCCUUCAGUACAAGGCAGACCUUGUGAAGGCUUUCUCACACAGAGCGUUGCCGUGUUUCUCAGACCAGCCCGCCUCCCUCAGGCCGGUGAUCGACAGCACAUUCAACCUGGAGGACAUUGCAGAAGCUCACAGACACAUGGAGGCCAACAAGAACACGGGGAAGAUCGUCAUUAAUGUGAUUCCACAGAAUCAGGAAACUCAGUGAUGAAGAGCUGCAGUAGUAUUAACAGAAAUGUAACUGCUCUGAAAUAUGAUAUUUGAUUUAUGUCAAUGAAUCUUACCACAGUGUUAACUGAAAACAAUUUGUCUAACACAAAUGUUAAUCAUGAUUUUAAAUAUGCCUUAUCCACCAAUAGUCCAGAGAAUAACAUUGUCAUUUCUUCUGUUGUGUCACGAUUAACUAAUACUAAAUGUUUAUUAGUAUUGUGUUCAUACUAGAGAUUAAAGAGACUGACACUGACUCUCCUUUUCACAGAUAUUUUACAAAAUAAUGCUAUAACAUGUUUUUAAAAAUAUUACAGAAAACCAUUAAAAGAGGCCUGUGGUAGAAGCCGAGCUAUUCUCCUGUCAAACAUAUUCAAAUUUAAAUGGGAUUUAUUUAAUGAAGGCACACUAAAGACUUUGAAGUUGUAUUAUGUCAAGAAACAAAACAUGAUAAAAAUGACUGCGUAGAAUUAAAAAAUUCCAUACAGAUUUUAACCAGUAUGGUAGGCUUACAUUUGAAAAUUUCCCAUAAAUCAUAAUUUAGCUUCUUUAUAAAAGUGUGUUUACUUAGAUUGCUCCCCUCUAGAGGCACCCUUUAGUAUUUGAGCUUUGGAUCUUUGAAUUUUUAAGUGGGUAGCUAAAUCACGAUAUCUAUCUUUAUCAUGAUUUAUAGGUUGAUUUAUAUUUCAUAAUAGUUAUAAGAAUCUAUAAAGUGACUUAUGUUGUCAAAUACAUUUUGUGGAGUGAAAAGUAUAAAACUGGUUUCCAAAAGGUAGUGUGGAGUAGAAGUAUAAAGUUUGCAUACAUGGAAAGUACAGUACUUGAAUAAACAUCAGCGUUUGAAAAGUAAUAACACAUACAGUACCAGUCAAAAGUUUGGACACACAUUCAACUACUUUGAAGAAUCUAAAAUAUAAAACAUAUUCUGGUUUGUUGAGCAUUUGUUUGUU